CAUACAUUCCUUGUGUACCCAGCCUUCGAACACCACCUCCUUCGUCAUCCAGCAUACGACCGCGACGCGACUGAUUUUCGAAACGACUACCGUUUACCCGAAACUGCCUCACGAAGAACGCCAGCUCAAAUAUGCCUCCAGUGCGAUCCUCGAAGCGCAAGCCGCCCCCAGAAGGCUUCGGCGACAUCGAGGACCAGCUCCUCAUCUUCCAGAACAAAAUGAAGGACGCGCAGAACAAGCCGCCACCGACGGGGCCGAAGCAUCAGGCGCAGUGGGAGAUCUUCCAAAUCGCGCACACACGAAGCAGAUAUAUCUACGACCUGUACUACGAGAAGGAGGCCAUUAGCAAGCAGCUGUACGAAUGGCUGCUUAAGAACGGGUACGCCGAUGCCAUGUUGAUCGCCAAGUGGAAGAAGCAGGGUUACGAAAAGCUCUGCUGCCUGCGCUGCGUCCAGACCAAGGAGACCAACUUCAACUCGACGUGCAUAUGCCGAGUCCCGAAAGCCCAGCUCAAGGAAGACCAGGACGUUCAAUGCGUCAGCUGCGGGUGCCACGGCUGCGCCUCUAGCGACUAGAAGAUUUGGCGCAGCUGCUCGACGACUUUUCUUGGGAAACUCAUAUCCGCGAGACUUUCAGCCGUGGAGGACUGGCGUUCGGCGCUCGGUGUGGGGGAUGAUUCCGACCUAGUGUACGAUCACUCUGGUCAUGACUUUUUC